AUGGCAUACUUAAGGGAAAUAAGAGAGGCGCAAAGGGCUCAUGGCCCAGCCACUAUACUAGCCAUUGGUACUGCAACUCCUUCCAACUGUGUUUACCAAGCUGACUUCACCGAUUACUACUUCCGAGUGACCAAGAGUGAGCACAAGACUGAACUCAAGGCCAAGUUGAAGCGCAUAUGUGAGAAGUCAAUGAUAAAGAAACGUUACAUACACCUAACGGAAGAAAUCCUCGAGGAAAACCCCAACAUAGGCACUUAUAAGGAACCAUCCCUUGAUGCACGCCAAGACAUUUUGGUUGUGGAGGUGCCAAAGCUUGGAGAGAAGGCAGCAUCUAAAGCCAUAAAGGAAUGGGGUGGACCCAAGUCAGAGAUAACUCAUCUUAUAUUUUGCUCCACCUCGGGUGUGGACAUGCCUGGUGCUGACUAUGAACUUGUGAAGCUCUUAGGUCUCAAACCAUCCACCAAAAGGUUCAUGUUAUACCAUCAGGGUUGUUUUGCUGGUGGCACUGUGCUUCGUCUUGCUAAAGAUCUCGCUGAGAAUAAUGAUGGUGCACGUGUUCUUGUUGUAUGUUCUGAGAUCACAGUUGUUACAUUUCGUGGACCCUCUGAAACACACUUGGAUUCCUUAGUGGGACAAGCACUCUUUGGUGAUGGUGCUUCUGCUGUGAUUGUUGGAUCCAACCCUGACACAUCCAUUGAACGACCACUAUUCCACCUUGUCUCAGCCUCAGAGACAAUUCUACCAAACUCUGAAGGUGCAAUUGAAGGACACUUGCGUGAGGUGGGACUCACGUUCCAUCUCAAGGAAAAUGUUCCCCAGUUGAUUGGUGAUAACAUAGAGAAAAGCCUUGAAGAAACCUUUCACCCACUUGGGAUAAGUGAUUGGAACUCAUUGUUUUGGAUAACACACCCUGGUGGCCCUGCAAUCUUGAAGCAAAUAGAAGCAAAACUUGGGUUGAAGCCUGAUAAACUAAAAGCAACAAAACAUGUUCUAAGUGAGUAUGGGAACAUGUCGAGUGCAUGUGUCUUAUUUAUAUUGGAUGAGAUGAGAAGGAGGUCAAUGGAGGAAGGAAAAUCCACUACUGGUGAAGGACUGAAUUGGGGUGUUUUAUAUGGAUUUGGCCCUGGCUUGACCAUGGAGACCAUAGCUUUGCAUAGCGCCAACAUAGACCCUGGCCACUAG